UUGUGAGGUUCGCUUCUUAUGUAAAGUAAAGCAUAAACAAACCGAAUAAAAAAAUGUUGUUGGCGAAGCGUUCACCUCUCUUUCUUAGCAUAAAGUUCAAUGAGUUUAGUGGUUUACAUGCUACAGUAAGCAGUCAAAUUAUACGUAAAUUUGCCUCGAGAAAUUCCAAUAAUCGCAAUAAAAAUAGACCGCAAAUUACAGUCACUGCGAAAAAUGAAUUUGUGACACAUAAAUUAAAUUCGUCUAUUGCAACACAUUUGAAACGGCAACAGAAAUUGUGGAACGAUUUUCAAAAAGACGAACAAAGAGAAUAUCAAAUGCGGGAAACUGAUUAUUAUUUAAAUAAAAAUACGGGCAAGCUCGAACACACACGGCCCCACAAAAUGGGAAAAAAUAUUGAAAGCAAAAAACAAGUAACAACAGUCUCCGAUGAAGCAGAAAGUGAUGAAGAUGACCUCAGUGAUUGUGAUUCGGAUGACUGCAGCCUGGACGAUUUGGAAACACCGAAUUGGGAUGACAUGAAAUUGGUUGAAAUAAAUAAGAAUUUUUACAAGCCCAGUGAACUAACACAGAGUCGAUCUCAAGUAGAAAUUUCGAAUUUUAAAUCGAAAAUGCAUAUUAAACUCGGAUCUAUAGAUCAUUAUAGUGCUCCAAAGCCAAUUUUCCAGUUUUCUGAACUCAGUGAUCUAUCGCAAAAAAUAGUCGCCAAGCUUGAUGACAAUUUUCAUGAAUUUACACCAUUUCAAUCACAAGCAAUUCCGCUGGCGUUAUCUGGAGCUAAUAUGAUUGCAACUUCUCAGCCAAGGACUGGAAAAACUUUGGCAAUGCUUUUGUCAGCUAUAAUUCAUAUAUCGUAUCAGCCACGUCUAAAACCAGAUGAGGGCCCAGUUGCUGUGAUUUUGACAUUGACAGAAGAAAUGGCUGAGCAAAUUCAACAGUUGGCGAAUAUUUUCUGCAAUGAUGCAAAGAUCAAAUGUACAGUUGUUUGUGACGAUAUCAACCAAACUCAAACACAUAUAAAGCCAAUCGAUGUUGGUGAACUUCUAAUAACCACGCCAUAUCAUUUGUACGAAAUUCUUCGUACAAAAUCAAUUAGUAUGGAAAGAUGUUCGCAUUUUGCAUUAUACGAGGCAGAUAAAAUGCUUCAUAUGUGUUUAGAUGACGAAAUUUUGCAAAUUGAAUCACAAAUCCGGCCAGAUUGCCAAAGGCUCAUUUGGAGCUCAAUGUGGACAAGUGAAUUGAAGAAACUCAUCAUAGAUGACCAUGUUCGAUUGGAUGUGGGUUCUUCAGAAGUUGAACAAAACCUUGAAAAUAUAAAACAAAUUGUUAAAUUAUCCGAUGAAAAGCAAAAAGAGGCUCUAUUAAUUGAUGUGAUCGAUUUAAUAUUGUCUGAGAGUGUCAAACAAAAAAUACUCAUAUUCACCGAUACUCCAAAUAAAGCUGAUAAAAUUGCAAAAAUAUUACAGACAAAAGGUUAUCACAGUAAAUCGUUGCAUAACAGAAAAUCGACCACACAACAAAAUGCAAUUUUGUUCGAAUUUCAGAGCGAGGCAUUUCAGUUUUUGAUAUUAACAGAUUUAGCGGCGAAAAAUAUCAAUUUUGGCAACAUAUCACAUGUGGUGAAUUGUGAUAUGCCACUGUCUAUAUCAGAUUAUGUAAAUCGUGUUAGUCGUACAAAUCGGCCGGGAACGUCAUAUUCAAUCGUCACAGAAGAAGAUGGAGACUUGGUCGAUGAUUUAAUUGCAACAUUACAAAACGCACAUCAGUCAAUCCCUCCACCAUUAUUUAUAUUGAAAGCAGCCAAUGCGAGUCCCGAUCACGAAAUUAAAUUUGCAGUGCCAAAGGGAAAAGGUUUUCAAAAAUUUACCAUUGAUAAUAAUCAAAGCGAUGACGUUAAAGAACGAGAAUGAUUUCUUUGAAUAUUCCCAUAGAGUUAGUCACUCAAUAGAGUUAGUCACUCAAUUGCCAUCAAGGACACAACAAA